CUGCCCUCAGAGGGCCAAGUUCAAGCCAAACGUGAGGCAGUGCGUCACUUCGAGAAGCACUGGCUGGCUCCAGAAGACAACGACGAACAGCUGCUGGCUCUUCACUCGUGGGUGACGUCUGCAUUUUCAACACCGACUGUCAAAGAGGGAUGUUCUGCUCCAGUGGAAAUUGUCAAUGCCUGUCAGAUUUUGUCGCUGUUGAAGAUCAAAAAGUCUUCCCCAGAGAUUAAUCCUGGUGAGGCCGGGUGUGUGGAUUCGAAACAGUGCGAUGCCGUGUGGCCAGAUGCUGUGUGCUCCGUCUCCGGGGCCUGCGAAUGUCCGUCACCCACAGUUCCGAGUCGUACAAGGUUUGUUGUUCAUUACAAAGGAUCAGCUGGAACGCUUGCCUGCGCUACACAGCAGUUCAUCGUGGAGGGGGUCCAGGUGAAAACGGAUGAGAUGCAGAUAACCAGUCAGCAACUGGGCACAGGAAGGAAUCCCUCUCCUUCCACUACAAGGGAUGUUAUGAGGACGAAUGUGACAAGAAGCGAAGACAGAACGCAUCGGCAAAUACCAUCACCAGUGCCAGCACAAGCAUCAAGUCCCUUGAGACUAACACCGGCG